GCAGAAAGUCCUCCAUCCUGAAGAAUUUCCCAUGGUGUAAAACUUACUGACUGUUUCAAAGUGCUGACACUGGAGUCUCCUUCCAUAAAUAUUAAAUAAACUUCUCACAGUAUCAAGCUUCACAGUAGCGGUGAUUUAUAUCCCCUCGCCCCCGUUAAAUUAUCACAUGCUUUUUUAGAUGCUUUGGAGAGUCCACCAUACAAGUCCCUGGGUAAUUUGUUACUAUUGGGUAAAAGAGCGAGAGCAUCAAUGUAAACCUGUUGUUUUUAUUGCAGUCAGAACUUAGCUCAGAGCUACAUGUGAGUGUGUUAGUGAGAAAUGCUGUUGCAAUUGUAAUACUAUACAUCGCAGCUCGUUUUCCUAGCCGCACAUUUGCCUUUGGGCUUAAAUAAUGUUUAUUCAGUUCAGUUUAACGUGACAGCUAAUCAUGUCACUGCAGUCUCAGUACACAGACUAAAGAAGUCACUGUUCAUGGGCCGGUAGACAUGAUGUUGAUGACGUUUCGCUUCUCUCCUAGGAAACCUGCUGAGUAUCUGGGAGGGAACACACAGCAGGAGGAGGGGGAACUGGUGUAACAUGACCUUUUUUUUUUUUUUCUUUUUUCCCUUUCACUUAUUUGCAGAGUUGAAGAUAACGUAGCGUCCGUCGGCAGAGGCAGACCGUGUUCAUUGUAAGUGUUUUUAACGCCCCGGAGGGAGAAAAGUCUGUGAGGUCGGAGUCUUUUUGUGUCCCACCUGCUGCCUUAUCGUGUGUCUCCAGCUUUGAACUGCCUCUGUGUGUGUGUGUGUGUGUGUUCCUGGAAGGAAGUGAACGUCUUGCUUGACAGAGUCUACUUUGAGUUAUGACCGACACCAUGUUUGGUAGCGGGAACCACCAGUGGGUUUGCCCCAAUGACCGACAACUUGCUCUGAGAGCCAAACUACACACUGGCUGGUCGGUGCACACAUUCCAGACAGAGAGGCAGAGAAAAACUCAGAUGCUGAACAAGAGGGAGCUGGACAUCAUCCUGAGCGUCAUCCACAGAGCCGAACAACUCGAGCUGAUCGAGCAGCACCGAAUCGGGCGUCUAAUGGAGCGUUUGGAUAACAUGAAGAGGUCUUCAGUGGGGAAUGGCCUGUCUCAGUGCCUGCUGUGUGGAGAGGCUCUGGGGCUGCUGGGAACUGCUUCAGUCCUCUGCUUUGACUGCUGCAAGAAAGUGUGCACUAAGUGUGGGAUUGAGACGGCAUGCAAUCAGAAGAGAGCUCAGUGGCUCUGCAAGAUCUGCAGUGAACAGAGAGAGGUGUGGAAGCGUUCCGGUGCCUGGUUCUACAAGGCCCUGCCCAAGUACAUUCACCCGGAGAAGGACUCAUUCAUGGACAGGAGGCCUGUGAUCGAGACAGAGAAGCAGCCAGUGGCCAGGAGUGUGCCAAUCACCUACACAUGGGCCCACAGGAAAGUCGACUCGAGUGAGAGUGAUGGCAGUGACUCCGAGCUCAGUGAUGCCAGUAGUGACAGAAAGACCUUCAUCCCUGAGAGCAUCAAAAGACGACACUCGGCUGUGUCCGAGUCGAGCGGUAGCGUGGCUCUCACGCCCCUGCAGUCCAUCCUGAGCAGCCCGGCCCGAGCCAGCUUCCUGUCAGAGAGCCACUCCAGCCUGGGCAGCGAGCGCAGCAGCCUGGCCCCCGCCCCGGAGGAUGAAAACACGGACCUGGGACGCACGUCAUUGUCAGCCCCGGUCCUGAGGCGCACCGGCUCGCUGCGCUCUUCCUCCUCGUCCUCGUCCUCCCCGGCCGCCGCCUCCUCAGCCACUGAAACGGGCCAAGACAAGAACGACGACGAUGACGACCUGGACAGGGCCUUCAGCGCCGCCUCUGCUUCCGCCUCCGCCCUGCCUCCGCCCAGCAGGAAGGAGGAAGAGCCCGACAUGGAGGGCUACGACUCGGACGACUCCACCACUCUUGGCACUCUGGAUUUCAGCCUGCUGUAUGAUCAAGAGAACAACGCCCUGCACUGCACCAUCAAUAAAGCGAAGGGUCUCAAACCCAUGGAUCACAAUGGGCUGUCAGAUCCCUAUGUUAAACUACACCUGCUACCUGGAGCCAGCAAAGCCAAUAAGCUCCGGACCAAGACUCUGCGCAACACCCUCAACCCCGUAUGGAGCGAGACGCUGACCUACUACGGCAUCACCGAUGAGGACAUGGUCCGCAAAACACUCAGGAUUUCCGUGUGUGAUGAGGACAAAUUCCGGCACAAUGAAUUCAUCGGCGAGACUCGGAUCCCCCUGAAAAAGCUCAAGCCCAACCAGACCAAGAACUUCUACAACUGCCUGGAGAAGCAGCUGCCUAUCGAUAAGACCGACGAUAAGUCGUUGGAGGAGCGCGGGCGCAUCAUGAUCUCGCUGAAGUACAGCUCGCAGAAGUGUGGCCUGGUGGUGGGCAUCAUCCGCUGCGCUCACCUCGCUGCCAUGGAUGCAAACGGCUUCUCCGACCCUUACGUUAAAACAUACCUGAAGCCGGAUGAGAACAAAAAGUCAAAGCACAAGACUGCCGUCAAGAAGAAGACCCUUAAUCCAGAGUUUAAUGAGGAGUUCUUCUAUGAGAUUAAGUAUACAGAACUGAGCAAGAAAACCCUUGAGGUGACUGUUUGGGACUAUGACAUUGGCAAAUCCAAUGAUUUUAUAGGUGGAGUGUCUCUAGGCAUCAACGCCAACGGCGAGCGUCUGAAACACUGGUUCGACUGUCUCAAAAACAAGGACAAGAAAAUCGAGCGUUGGCAUACACUCACUAACGAACUCCCUGGUUCGGGCUUCAACGACUGAAGUCUGACACGCCAGCACCCGUUCCCCUUCCUGCGAGAACGUAACGCUUGGCCUUUUGACCGUCACCUCCAACACUACAGUCCAGAGAUGGGUACCAAAGUGACCUCUUUUCCCGUCAUCCCCAAAUCUCUCCCUGUAUGUACUUCCCCUGGUGUUACUGUUCGAUGUGGCUUUUGAGCUUCUUGGGCCAGCUUGUGUUGAUUUAUGAAGAGGUGUUUGUCCCUCGCAAAAAAAGCAGGGGAUCGUGUUCAAGCGUUUAAAUACUGUUCAACUUGCUGUUCUCUCUGCUCUUUCGAUUCCCUCUGAUGUUUAGUAUGUAUUGAAGAAUGUUGUUUACACGAGCUAUCGAUGGAUGUUCAGAUCACUUCAGAUCAGGAGUAUGGUUAGACCUUGAAUGAUUUUGGAAGAGAGAAUUGAUCAAGAAACCAUCGAAUGUUUACAUCUAGAAUCCAGUUCAUAAAUACUCUACAUAGUGGAAAAAAAGACAGUUUGAUGGAUUUUAGAUGUCCUAUUUUUAGUUCAUUUUAUUCUCUUAGCAAAGUCGUUUUGGUGUUGUUUGUUUGUUUGUUUGUUUGUUUUUUAAAUUCAGGACCCAGUGUCAGUACGGAUUGAUGAAUGUGUUUUAUUUAGCCACACCAUUGAGAAUGUGAUGCUGAAAAAGCGAUGGACCAACGUCUGUCCUGUUUACAUAUAAAAAACAACAACAACAACAACAUUUGAAAUGCCUCCAAGCAGAAAUUCUGCUCCAGGUAAGCGAUUGAAGUUUUGGAUCAUCCUCUAGUCAUUCUGGUAACGUAUAGUAACGUAGGUGUUGAUGUUCUCGAGCCCUGUACGGAUCAAGACGUUCAGUAUGGUGUUACGAAUCAUUUCUUUAGACCGUUAGUUCAGAUAGUAAAUGAUUCCUAGAACCAUGCUUGAAUGAAAGGGUUUUUUUUUAAUUAUUUAAACUAGGAUUAUUCUGUUAUGUUUUUUUUUUUUUUUUAAUUAAUUUUAAAUAUCAUCCACUAAAGAAAUCUUCUGGCACAAUCUAAAAACAUAUUUAGCAUGCAUUUCAGUGGAUUUCUUAGUUAUUAUUAAUGGACUUUUACUACGUAUUUAUUUUCCGGCUAGUAUUUAUAUCUAUUUUUUUGUGUAGUACAUUUUAAAUUGAUGUGGACGUCCACUUUCGAGUAGUUUUAGAGCUCUAGCAAUGUCGAUAUCUUCAUAUGCCCAGGCAUGAGGUCUUAGUACGUCGACCUUGCUCAGUAAGGCAGAUCUUCUUAUCAAAGCACUCAGUGCAACAGCCAGACUUAUGACAUCUUUUGUAAUCUGUUGCCUUUGUACUCAAAAGCUCUAUAGCGUAAAAAAAAAGAAAAGAAAAGAAAAGAAAUGCAUGCAAUGUUCUUAAACGUUCAUUAAACUGACUUUGCUUAAUGUUUGAUACUCUUCUGUAAAAGAGAACUCGUCGAUGCUAAAAGAUCAUGGAAUGUCCGUGUUUUCUUCUUGGACGUUUUUUUGUACCCUCGAACGCUGUCCCGUCGCCUGUCCGGCUGCUCUAUCUUCCGGAAAUGUGAUCGCAUGUAACUGCAACAACAACAAAAAAAAAGAAUCUUGUCUUGUUUUCCUUUUUUUUUCCCCCCCCCCCAAUCUCAGGCGAUUGUUUGCAUUUCUAGUGGUUCUCUGAUGAAAUUUCUAUGUUCCUACUCCUCGUUCACCAUCACCUCGUGUUGCACCGAAUGGCAGAAUUUAUCGUGCCUUUUCUUUUCUAACAGUGAAGUUUUUUUUUUGCACCGCUCACUUUACAAGGAUUCCUAGACGGAUAUUAGCUUUUAAUAUGGAAACUAUAUGAUAACAUUUGGCAUAUUUCUAUUCCUGUCUGUGUCAGAAUAAUGCAUCAAUCGGAAUAUUAUCACUCGAUGACACACUGUAUGUGGCUGGGGUCCGGGGUUCAAGUGGAAGAUGUUUAAAGCAUGAAACGACACAUUCUGGUUUCUACUCUUUUUUUUUUUUCUUUUUUUUUUUAAAUAACACUGCGCAUUAAAUUAAAGGGAAACUAAUGUUGGCACUAUUUGUAGAACUAUUAACCACACUAUUAACUAUUAACUCCAACACAAACACUUCUUAGGCAUCUUAAUAAAUGACGCAAAUGAUUUGAUAUCAUUUUUAACAGUUGAACUAUCACAUGGUUUACUUCAUUUAGAAUAUGAAUCUACACUAGUCCGAUAAAAAAAGAAAGAAAGAAAAAGAAAAGACCGGACACCAGAAUGUGUCAUUUUCUUUAUGUCUGUUUUAAAAAGAAAUGUUCAAGUAUUAUAUCUUGCGUGUUUUUUACUCUGGCGAAGAUGUGCUAUUUAUAUAUGUUCUGAUUUGGAAAAACUAUGUCUAAUAAAGUAGAGAACCAGCCUAUAAUCCUUGUUUGCUUUCAGAAAGUUCUGGGUUUACACAGCCAUUACUCCCAAUCUCCACUGUGAUGGUGUUGUCGAUGGCUCUUAGCUAAAGCAUUUAAAACCAACAAGGCAUGGACAGAAAACUUGACCACGGCCUGUUGAGUUAACUAGUCUUUGGGAAGGAAAUAUUACACUGCGUCUUUUAGGUGUCCUUAGUAACUUUAUUAAUCUUAUGUACUAUUUGAUAGAUUUUUAGCCCUCCCACUUGAUAUCACCACCAGCCGUAUAUUACAGUGGUGCUAGAAUUUUCUAUAUAUCUGCAUAAAUAUGACCUAAAACAUCAUCUUAUUUUCAUACAAGUCUUUAAAGUAGAUUAAGAGAACCCAGUUAAACAAAUGAGACAAAAAUAUUAUACUUGUUCAUUUAUUUAUUGAGGAAAAUGAUCCAAUGUUACAUAUCUGUGAGUGGCAAAAGUAUGUGAAUCUCUAGGAUUAGCAGUUAGUUUGAAAGUGAAAUUAGAGUCAGGUGUUUUCAAUCA